CGCCGAACAGCGACUUCUAAUUAAAUAACACCUCGGCGCUGAGCAUCGCCUUACCCAAUUCCACACUUUGCUGCGAAUCACCUACUACCUCCAGACCCCAUGUCGACUGGAGGUCUGCCCCUCCUCAGUGGACCGCCGCCCGAAUAUAGUGGGAGCGAGCAGUCGUGCCGCAAAUGCGACAAAGAAUUCAACGUCGUCUUCACGCGCUCGCGCAAGUGCAACCACUGUGGAUACCUGUACUGCCAUUCAUGCACGGACUUCCAGGCGCUGAUGCCUCGCAGGAGCAGCGAGCCAGGUUUCGACGUCGCCUCCGUGUGCGGGUUCUGCAUUGACAACCUGACGAUCACUGCAGGUGGGAAGAGCUAUUUGCGAAAGCUCCCACUGCCAAAGCUGAAGAAAUACGCCGGCGACUACAACAUCAAGGUCAAUGGGGUUCUCGAGAAGGAUGAUCUGAUCGAUGCCAUCAUUGCAGCGAGGUCGCCAACCGGUUGUCUAUUCAGAGAGAAUGAAACCUUCUAUCGCAAGCAUUCCGUCCCAAGCCGCCGAAGCCGCCGGCCCCGCGGCAUCUUCGCCCGCGCCAUGGACGCGAUGGGUUCAGACCGCUCCUCGCCGCGAUCCCCGCCACAGGCCCAGCAGCGGCCCUACCAACCCCGCCAGCGCACGACCUCCGUCCCAAACAGCUUCCCCCGACCUGACCUUGACCCGCGCCGACAACAGCAACGACAGCCUCCACAACAACAGUAUCAACAGCCGCCAACGUAUCAGGGCGCCGGGCCGGGCCCGGCGCCUCCCCGCACGCCUCCCACCCGCCCGAGCGCCACUUCCGCGAAUGUGAACGCUCCCGCCACAGGGCGGACCCGCGCUUCCUCUGUGUCAUCCACGCCCCGUGGUGCCUCGCCUCCGCCGCCCACGCUCGACGAGCUACUGGCGAUGCCCGACGCGGAGCUCGCACACCUCUCGAUCUCGACGCUCAAGGCGGUCCUCUUCCAGAACCACGUGAACGCGCGGCUCGUCGUCGAGAAGGAAGAGCUCGUGAGUAAGGUGCGCACGCUGCUCGUGGAGGAGCGGCGUGAACGCGAGAGGCAUGCGCAUGACUUGGAGGUGGAGAGGUUGGCGGAGGAGGAGAGGCGCAGGGAGAUGGAGGAGGAGACGCGUAUGGAGGUCGACUCCGUUGGACCCGAGCCUGCGCCAGCUUCAUCGACAGGUGUUACUCGGCAACCCGACCAUGAAGCACAGGACGAAGUCAUGUCGCCACCUUCGCCGCCUCCCAAGCCUCCUGCCUCCUCUCCGCCCACGCCCGGCCUCUCUGCGCACGCGCAGGCCAUGGCCUCUCGGCUGGAGCGCACGGGCCUGUGCGUGAUCUGUCAGGAUGAAGACGCUAACAUCGCCAUCGUUGAUUGCGGACAUCUCUGCCUCUGCCGACCGUGCUCGGAGCUCAUCAUGAAUAGCACGCGGGAGUGUCCGCUUUGCCGCACGCGCAUCAUCACGGAGCAGCGGCUACUCCGAAUCUUCAAGACAUGAUUAUUCCUUUUACCGUUGUGAUUUCUUGUCGAUCUGCUCUGAUGUUUUGUGGGAUGGUUGAUCUGCUUUGCCUUGUACCAGGAUAAUGUGUAAUAAGGUGGUAGGGUCGGUGCCGGCAGCGCCCGCUACGACGAGCGCGGUUACUUUGCUAAUCGGCGCUUCAUGCGUUUCAAGCACCGGAAUUGAGUAACACCGCCUGUCGUGUAAUAAGAUUUGGUCUUCCUUACCGUGGUUUAUCUUUUGGAGAGAUGUGGCAUGAACAGGCUUGUCAUUUUUUUCAAAUCAUUUCGUUUGUCAGUCAUCGCCCUAGAAUUCGAAUUGUGUGCACGCCAAUUCCCAUAAUGGGCAGCUAGUUCGGUCACUUUUCAGUAAUAGAGGAGAUCGAAUAC